GAAAAUUCUCGAAUUGAAGUGUCAUUCUCAUUCAUUUUUAUUUCAUUGUCAUUCAGAAAGAUUCUGUGAGUGAACGUUAUCGGCUUUAUAUUGUGUAAAAUAAUUUAAUCGUAAAAGCAGUGACUUUAGAAGUGAAAAACCAUAUAUAUCGGAGUAAAGCUUACAAAUUUCAUCCUGUUUUAAGUAUACCUGGUUAAUAAGUGCCUGAUAUUAUCAAUUAAAUCAAAUCAUGGAUCAGGUAAACCAAUUAAAGGAAAAAGGUAAUGCUGCGUUGUCUUCUGGCAACUACUAUGAGGCGAUCAAACAUUACACCGAAGCAAUCGCUUUAGAUCCUUCUAACCACGUUUUAUUCAGCAACCGUUCGGCAGCCCAUGCUAAAUCUGGAAACUAUGCUGCGGCAUUAGAAGACGCGAAUAAAACCGUUUCAUUAAAUCCUACUUGGAGCAAAGGUUAUUCUAGAAAAGGCAGUGCCUUGGCUUACUUAGGAAAUUACGAAGAGGCUAUCGCAGCUUACGAGAAAGGCUUGGAGUUGGAACCAGGGAAUCAGCAAUUGGCAGCAGGACUGGCUGAAGUUAGGAAACAAGCCCAAACAGACGGGGUGUACUAUCAGGAAAUGAUUGAGAAAUUGAAGGAAAAUCCACAGACACGAGAAUGGUUAGAUGAUCCGGAAUAUCUCAAAAUGGUUAAGCAACUUGCCAGAAAUCCCCUAGACUCGCUGAUGUUUGAAUCAAGAACCACUGAUAAUCGUUAUAGGACCACACUUAAAGUUAUUCUCGGCAUUGACAUUGCAUCAGCUAUGGACGUGGACCCACCAGCGUCGGAGACCAAGCCGACACCACCACCAAAGAAGGAAGAGCCACAGAAACCAACAUACGAAGAUCUACCGGAAAACAGGCGGUUAGCAUUGCAAGAGAAAGACCACGGCAAUGAAUUUUACAAGAAGAAGGACUUUGAUAACGCUCUGUUACAUUACCGCAAGGCGAUCGAACACGACUCCACGGAUAUAACGUUCUACACAAACAUAGCAGCUGUUUAUUUCGAGCAGAAAGAAUACGAGAAGUGUAUCAAGGAAUGCGAGAAGGCGAUAGAGAUAGGCAGAGAGAAUAGAGCCGAUUUCAAAUUAAUAGCCAAGGCUUUCACUAGGAUUGGCAAUGCAUACAAAAAAAUGGAGCAGUGGAAGUUGGCCAAGACGUACUACGAGAAGUCUAUGUCAGAGCACCGCACUCCGGAGAUCAAGACGCUCCUCAGCGAGGUGGAGAGGAGGAUUGUUGAAGAGGAGAGGAAAGCUUACAUAGAUCCGGUGAAGGCGGAGCAAGAGAAGGAGAUGGGCAAUGAAUACUUUAAGAAAGGUGACUACAGCGCAGCCGUAAAACACUACACGGAAGCGAUUAAACGCAACCCCGAUGAUCCAAAACUGUAUUCCAACCGAGCGGCCUGCUACACCAAGCUGGCCGCUUUUGACCUCGGCCUGAAGGACUGCGACCAGUGCUGCAAGCUGGACCCGAAGUUCAUCAAGGGCUGGAUUCGGAAGGGGAAAAUCCUUCAGGGCAUGCAGCAGCAGUCCAAGGCGCUGACGGCGUACCAGAAGGCGCUGGAGCUGGACCCCACCAACGCGGAGGCGCUGGACGGCUACCGCGCCUGCUCCACGCAGCUCAACUCCAACCCCGAGGAGGUCCGCAAGCGCGCCAUGGCGGACCCCGAGGUGCAGCAGAUCCUGCGCGACCCCGCCAUGCGCUGCAUCCUGGAGCAGAUGCAGCAGGACCCGCACGCGCUGCAGGACCACCUUAAGAACCCCGACAUCGCCGCCAAGAUCCAGAAGCUUCUGGAGUCCGGUCUCAUUGCUAUACAUUAGAAAUAUGUAUAUGUAUAGUCUAUGGAACGCAUUCGUACUGGAUGUUUGGCCUCUCGGAGUCGUUAUUGUGCGUGAAUAGUGAAAAGUGCGCGAAAAUAUGGACAGAUACAUAAAUACAUAAAAUUAAUAGCUUGUAAUUUUUCAGGAUAAUGUUAAGCUUGGUGUAACUACCCUCAUUUUUAGUUUGCGCUGCAUAUUGGUUUUUGUAAUUCGACGUCCGGAUAUAUAUAUAUAAACAAACAGAUUAAUUUUCUUAAUUAAAAAUGUCCGCUUUUUGCAUAGGAGUGAAAUCUAAAGAAUGUAACAUCUUUGAGUUAGAUAAUUGGCAUUCGAACACGCGAAGAAGAAAUUGACACUGCAUUUUUAGGUUAUACGGCCAUUUUUUGAAAGCAGAGAAUAAUGUCAGUAAUUUUCUGAUAAAUAGGCGUAUGACAACACAGUUUCUGAUUUAGCAUUAAGAAUUUGUCAAUAUGCGUAUCCUUAACUCCGAUCUGGCUUCAAAUAUUGAGGUUUAAACCAAGGAGUAAUUUAAGGUUCCGUAAUAGUACUACAAAAAUGAUACACUGGAUCACUUGCACAGUUUUAUUUCAAACAUUCAAAAGCAUAAACUGAGCUUAUUGAAGUUUUGAAAAGGCAUUCUGUACAGAUUCCGGAAGUCUCGGCUUCUAAUCUCAGUGUAGGCAAAUAUUUGUACUUACUUUAGCAGAUAUUUGUAUGCGCGUUUGUAUCUGUUGUACUCGUUAAUUUAUAAGCAGAGAUCGGAAUAGGUAAAUUGAAUUGGGGUCAAUGAACUGAAACGUAUAUAUUAAUAUGGACAUGCCUCCGGGAUUUGUAAAUUAUUAAGAUUUUUUCCGGAAUUUUUACAAUUGGGAUGAAGAAUAUAUUAGUGGUAGCUGUUUUCGCCCGACUUCGUUCACGUAAAUUGUAGUCCUAUGUUACCCGCGGACAAUGUAGUUUACUGUAAGUGCAAGUACUGAAAUGGAAUCCCGGAAAAGAGGCUUAUCCAUGUUAUGCUUUCUAUGGUAUUUCAUGAUGCAAGUACAUAAAAUCAAUCUACCUAUUCCGAUCUCUGAUUAUAAGUGUCCAGAACCACAAGCUUAAGGGGUUAACGUGGGCCGUUGUGUAUUGUCUAUUUUAUUGCGAUCACACCAACAUAGCUUAGCACUUCCUAAUUGGAUAAAAAUAAGGUUUAUUUUAGCAUAACUUAAUGAUGUAUAACUGCCAUGGAAUUUUACAUUUUUUUGUAAUUUAUUCAAUAAAGAAAUAUUGUAGGCAGAUAACGUUGUUUUAUU